AUGACUCUGCUGUCGGACUGGCCCGUGACUUUGUCCUCCCUGGGUGAGGCGUCAAUCUCGCUGCCGCAGCAGGCCAUUCGCCGACUGGCCUCUCUUGGGGAAUCCGAACACCAAAGCGACUCUUUGUCACCUUUUGUUGCCAAUCUGCUGUCCUCCCAUCCUUCAGUCCCUACCCUCGCCGCUCUUUUUCUCACCGUCAUCGCUGGCCUGCUUGCCAUCGCCGCGAUGAGUUGGCGGGACAAGUUCAAUUUUUUCCAGCGCUCACCCUCAUACGGCAGCAGCAGCCAUCACCAUAUCACGGCUGCGACCCCACAAGUGAACGAUAGCGAUUACUCGUAUCUAACAGAGAAUGAUAUCGUCGAGCCACCCCGAUCUCACCACCAGCAGCCGCCCCAUUACGUCCGUCAACGUGCGCAGAUGGACGACUCCGGCCCAGACAUUAUAGUUCUCAAACACCGUGGAGUGAUCUAUCCUCUACGCUUCCCCCCAUUUGCUAUUGACGAUGCUCUUCUCACUGUGGGCGAGGUUAGACGCCGUGCCGCCGAGCAGAUUGGGACAUCCGAGGUGCAGCGAAUUAAAAUGCUUUACAAGGGCAAGUUAUUACGCGAUGAUUCAACACCAUGCAAGGACGAGGGCCUAAAACAGCAGUCAGAGAUUAUGUGUGUUUUGUCUGAGGUGCGGCCUGGCGAAAGCACCAGCGACCUUUCGGGCAGCGAAGUGGGCAAUCGAAGUGAAUCUGUCGUGAGUCUGGAUAGCGGCAGCAACGAGCACCACCAUCAAAUUGGAUCGGGUGGCGGUGGGAGACGGAAGAGGAAUAAUAAAAAGAAGAAGCAGCAGCAGCCACAACCACAACAACAGCCUGCGGUAGCAGCAGUGAACAACCUUGCUCCCCCGCCAGAUGCCCGUCCCACUUCGUCAGGUCGGUCAUCAGCAGCACCCUCUCCAGCGCCGAGUCUACAGCAAUUUUCCACGGGCAAUGAACAGGUCGAUGCAUUACUUCGAUAUUUACGCACCGAGCUAGUGCCUUCGUGCGACCAAUACAUAUCGCAGCCACCCACGGACCCCAAGAUCCGCGAAUUCGAACAUAAACGCCUGGAGGAAAUGAUCUUGACGCAGGUUAUCAUCAAAGCUGACUCGAUAGAUUCCGAGGAUGCACGAACGGCUCGUCGAGCCCUGAUCAAAGAGGCGCAGGGCAUGUUGAACAGAUUAGAUGCAGUUGCGCCAAAGGACAGGUCAUAA